CUUCGUAGCCGUAUUUAAUCUAAAAACGAAGAAAGAAAAUCAGAAAUUUCCUUUUCUAUUUAUUAUAGGCUGAUAACUUUGUAGAAUCCAUUCGUUUUCCAACCAGGGCAGUUCAACAAUUCCUAUUUUGCAUGAAGACAGUACAAUCCAUUCUUAGGCAACCGAUCUUUUUUUCUCAGAAAUUAUGGCUUCGUAGUUACUCAACAAAAUAUCAGGAAGCUCCUUCUUCCUGGAAGGCAAUGCUGAAUUUAAAACAUAUUUACGAGCAUUCGGGCGAAAUCCAUCAGAAUUGUGUUAAUCGAAAUAUGCGUGCAGUGGCAGAAACGCUACCAACAAUCAAAUCUUUAUACGAAGAGCAUACUGCCGUUCGAAAUCAAUUAACCCCAUACGUCAGUGAAAAGAACAAGAUUACUGGUUUAAUCAAGUCUUCUAAAGAUGGGGAGCACCGAAGUUUUUUGGUCUCUGAAGCAAAAAAUAUAAAAGUAAAAAUCGACUCUAUUGAAAAACUAUCUUCUGAUAUCCAAAAGAAACUAUAUCAUUAUUGCCUAAGUCUUCCAAAUUCCACUUUGCCUAGCGUACCUUUAGGGUCCGAAGACAAUGCUGUUUGCGUUGCUUCCAUAGGAGAACAAAAAAAUUUGAAUGAAAAGAAUUUUUAUAUUAAGGAUCAUUUGGAACUUGCUGGUGAUGCUAUUGAUCUGCUCAGUGCUUCGGAGACUAGUGGUCAUGCAUUCUGUUACAUAAAAGGGGAAGUAGCUGAAUUAGAAAUGUCUCUUAUUAACUAUGCUAUUGACUUUGCGAAAUCUAGAGGAUGGUCUCUCGUGAUUCCUCCAUCUAUAGUCCGCUCUGAUGUUGCACUUGCUUGUGGUUUUCAGCCUCGGGAUGAACAGGGUGAACAGAUAUAUCAACUAGAAAACCAAUACGAAAGCAACUCGCCUAAGCAAUGUCUUGUUGGUACAGCUGAGAUCAGUCUAGCCUCUCUUGGAUUCAGACAGACUUUUCAUGAUCUAAAGGAGAAACGAGUCGUUGGGGUUUCUCGAUCCUAUCGACGAGAAGCAGGUGCUCGUGGUCGAGAUACCAAAGGGCUGUACAGACUUCAUGAAUUUACAAAGGUUGAACUUUUUUCAUGGACUCAUCCGUCUCAAUCUUCGAGGGUAUUUGACGAUAUAAUAAAAUUGCAAAUCGACUUUAUACAUAGUUUAGGUCUUUCGGCAAGGGUAUUAAAUAUGCCAACUCAAGAACUUGGUGCCCCAGCUGCUCAAAAGUAUGAUAUCGAAGCAUGGAUGCCUUCGCGGGCGAAGUUCGGUGAAAUUUCGUCUACAUCAAAUUGUCUAGAUUAUCAAGCACGACGCUUACUUACACGGUAUAAAAAUUCUAAGGAUUCUGGAUUUGUUCACACCCUUAAUGGAACAGCUGCUGCCAUCCCUAGACUUGUCAUCGCUUUGCUUGAAAGUCAUCAGCAGCCUGAUGGAAGUGUGGUUUUACCACAAUGCCUCAUUCCCUAUUUAAAGAAAGAAAAGCUUUUUGUUCCGAAUGAAAAAGAAGUAUCCGAAUGAGGCCUUAAUAAUGUAGGCUCCAAAUGAAAGGCUAGCUUAUUAUCAUUUCACCCUUCCAAACAAGGAAUACGGAAAGGUGAUUUUGUCAAUCUUUACAAAAUAAAAUCAAAGCUUCUUCUGAUCAUGAUAAUAUAUCAUAUCUAUACUUGAACUUUCAUUUAUGAAUUUCUCGUUACUUGGUAAAGAACAGUGUUGGUUUUGUCCGCUACAUGUAAAUUAAUUUGCAGAGUUUUGUUAACUUUGGUAGCAUCAGCAUUUUACAAACAAUAUCAUUAUGA